GGGAAAGAGUGAGACAGAGAGCAGACUAUCUCUUGUCUGCAGCAUGACAAGGAAGUUAAGGAAGACUCUGUCUAAAUCACUGUGUCAAUUUAAUUGAACUGUACAUUGAUCAUUUGGACAGAGAUACUCGCAGAUGUCCAUGCCAACACAUGCUGAGACUGACAGACCAAACAGCCCUUCAACAAGUAUUUAAGACUAAAAAUGCGAAUGUCACCCGACUAAGGACGCCAUAUGACAGCAAACGGAGACGGGUAACAAGAGAAGAGGGCCGAAAUUGGACAGAAAGGACUUUAGUGGCUUGGUGAUGACUUUUUGUCCAGGAUCGACAACAUUCAACCUGUCUGGCGAGGGAUUAAAAGGAUAAACCAGAGAAAAAGAGUGGAGGAGACAAGGAACAUUAACACAGUAUAGUGAUGGCUAUCCUCACCAUGAAACACUUACUGCUGAUGCUGCUUACUAUCACCCUAUCCAGACCUAACUCAACCUUACUUGGGUUCGCUCAGGAGUUUGAAAGCCAAGAUGAUGUACUUGAAAAAGAGUUCCUUUACACUGGUCGCCCCAAACGCUCUGUUGACCCUCCCAGCGCAUCCCAAGUGGACAAAUGUUCCUACACCUUCAUUGUGCCUCAGCAGAAGACCACCGGGGCCAUUUGCGUGAACUCUAAAGAGCCAGAAUCCCUGCUGGAUAAUCGUGUGAACAAACAGGAACUGGAACUAUUGAACGGAGAGCUUCACAAACAGCGGCGACAGAUCGAGUCGCUCCAACAGCUCGUGGAGGUAGAUGGCGGCAUGGCAAAUGAAGUCAAGCUCCUUCGCAAGGAGUCGCGCAAUAUGAACGCCCGAGUGACGCAACUAUACAUGCAACUGUUGCACGAGAUCAUCCGCAAGAGGGACAAUGCGCUUGAAGUUUCGCAAUUGGAGAACCGCAUACUAAACCACACAUCGGAGAUGCAGCAGCUAACUGCACGCUAUCGGGACUUGGAGCACAAGUACCAACACUUGGCAUCUCUUGCGAGCAACCAGAGUGCACUUUUAGUGCAGCUAGAGGCGCAUUGUAGAAGAGGAGGCUUUCUCGGUGGUGGUGGAGUUAGUGGUGGAGGUGGAGGCAUGGUCCGACAGGCACGUCCCUACCAGCCCCCUGUAAUCCCACCACAACCACCCCAGCAUCGCCAGCCGCCUCCACCCCCUGUUCCUCAUGCCCCAGCCAGACCAUUCCACCCACCUACCUACACCCGCCAUAACCAAAUCACCAACGAAAUCCAGAGUGACCAGAAUGCCAAAGCGAUUCCACCGACUUUACCAACCAUGCCUUCUGGAACCAACAGUUUCUCAACAGAUAAACCCUCAGGCCCAUUCAAAGAUUGCUUGAAGGCUCUGGAGGAAGGGCAUACCAACAGUGGCAUGUAUUUAGUGAAGCCAGAAAAUACCAACAAACUGAUGCAGGUCUGGUGUGACCAGAGGCAUGACCCUGGUGGCUGGACCGUCAUCCAAAGACGCAUGGACGGAUCGGUCAACUUCUUCAGAAACUGGGAGACUUAUAAGCAAGGAUUUGGGAACAUCGAUGGGGAAUACUGGCUUGGUUUGGAGAAUAUCUAUUGGUUGACCAACCAAGGCAACUAUAAGCUGCUAGUGACUCUCGAGGACUGGUCAGGCAGGAAGACGUUUGCGGAAUAUGCCAGUUUUCGAAUAGAACCAGAGGCUGAAUUCUACAAACUGAGGGUGGGUCGUUAUCAUGGCAACGCUGGAGAUUCGCUCACCUGGCACAAUGGAAAGCAGUUUACCACCCUGGACAGAGAUCAUGAUGCAUACACAGGAAAUUGUGCCCACUAUCAGAAGGGUGGUUGGUGGUACAAUGCUUGUGCCCACUCUAACCUGAAUGGCGUUUGGUACCGAGGCGGGCAUUACCGCAGCCGCUACCAAGACGGAGUUUACUGGGCGGAAUUCCGUGGUGGGUCGUAUUCUUUGAAGAAGGUCUCAAUGAUGAUCCGUCCGAAUCCCAACACUUUCCAUUAGAGCAUCAUGUGGAGGAAGAACACGAAUCGAACAUGACACAACUCAAAAACUGUUUUUAUGAUUGUUAAUGUUUCAUUUUCAAUAAUGGUUGAUUGUUUACUUUGUUUAUCGGUCUUAUGAAUUCAUAUAAUUUAGUCAUACAUUUCUACAUUCAAAACUAUGAAAGUGCAAUGACUUUUCAUUGGAGGAGAGACAACCUGUCUUGGGAUCCUUGGAAAGACAGAUCCCCAUCAAGCAAGUGCAUCUGCUAGGAAAACAUAUUUAAUCUUCAGUAAGUUAAACCUGGAAAUAGGGGUUCCACAAUGUGGGAGCAUGCACAUAGAGCAACAUAUACAUCCUCAUUUGAGCCAUAUUCUCAUCGCAUUGACUAGUAAAGGGUGCGUCCCAAUCAGGGACCUGCAAAGUGAACUAAGCAGGGUGGUCAGACAUCAUUAGUGAGAUUUCAAGUCGUAGGGAGAGGCUGUCCAGUAUAUGCUCAAUAAAAGGGCAUUGCAAACAGCAAUAGGAAGAAUCAAUCAUGAUAACAUGAAGUAGAUAGGGAAGUUUAUUCAUCAUUGUGUGCCACUUCAGUACUUUAAGUGCUUGCACUUGUUUACAUAUUACAAUGAACACACACAUUUUAUCACAAAUGCAAAGCCUUUCCAACGUCACAAGUCGAAAACAUGUUUGUCUAGUUUGCUAUUGUCGACAUGACUCUUUUAGUGCAACAAUUGUUUAAUAUUAUUUUAUUUUUAUUUUUUUGGAUCCAAUUUGUACAGAAAAAAUAAAGAGUGAGUGUUUUGUAAUGCAAUGCUUAGCUGUGUGUGUAAUACCACAACAUUUCAAUAAAUUAUGUACAGAUA